ACGCGAUCACCAUGGAUAUGUUAGUGUAAUAGUACUUCAAAACUCAGCUUGAUAUUGGGCUCCAUAAGAAGGGUUGGUGGGAUUCUUGUGUUUCUUGUCUCAAUCAGUCUUUAAGCCCCCCAGGAGACUAUAUAUAUACAUAUUUGGUUUCCUUCUUGAUUCAGGAGUUUUUUGUUUUUAAAAUUUUUUUGGUUUAAAUGUGUGGGACUAGCAUAACUAAUAUUGUGGUAUCGAAGAGAUGAAGUAUGCGGACGCUGUGUGACGUGUGUGAGAGUGCUGCGGCCAUCCUUUUCUGUGCCGCCGAUGAGGCUGCUCUUUGCCGCUCCUGCGAUGAUAAGGUUCACAUGUGUAAUAAACUUGCUAGUAGGCACGUGAGAGUUGGGCUUGCUAAUCCUAGUGAUGUUCCUCAGUGUGACAUAUGUGAGAAUGCACCUGCAUUCUUUUACUGUGAGGUAGAUGGAAGUUCUCUCUGUUUGCAAUGUGAUAUGAUUGUUCAUGUUGGAGGUAAAAGAACACAUGCAAGAUAUCUCCUUUUGAGGCAGAGAGUUGAGUUUCCUGGAGAUAAGCCUGCCCGUUUAGAGGAGCCAGCUACGCAAACCCUAGAUCAAGAUGGCAGUACUGAUGGGCAUGCCCAGGUGGAAACUCAAAUGAUAGAUUUGAAUAUGAAGCCAAAUCGCCUACAUGGUCAAGCUUCAAAUAAUCAGGAAUUGUAGCUGUGGAAGAUCGUUUUUCUGCUGAGGAUGGGCUAAAGCAACUCAAGACCAUAUAAGCACAACGUCCAAGCUUAUUUCUACUGUUUUGCGUGCUUCUUACUUUUGUUUUUGUUUUCUUUUAAUUUCCUCCCUUGAUGACAUUCCUGGCUCUACUUUUGUCGAGAUCUGACUAUGUCCUUAGAAUCUUGAAAAAGAUUUGCGAAUGCCACUAAGGAAGUAGAUUAUAUCAGACUACAUAAUGGGUAGAUUAGUGAUUUUGUUAAAGAAGACAUGGCUUAUCAUCAAGUGUAAUUUGACAUUUGUAUCUUGUUUGCGGUUAUAGAUAUAUGUUAGAGAGACAAAAGCACGAGAUACUUGUCUCAAGUUGCCUGCUGCUUUAGUGUAUUUUAGGGAAAUAAUCUCUUUGGGCAGUCUUUUAAGUUUAUACUAUUGGCUCUGGCCUUUCAGCCAA